AUGGAACUUAUUGAUAAAGGAAUUUUUAAAACGUUUAGCAAACAGAUUGCGAUAAGAUAUUACAAUUCCAGUCUAACUAUUUCUGAAAUUAACUACGAGCAGCUAUGGAGCGACAUGAAAAAGGUAGCAAGAGUUUUGAAGGAGCAGAACAUCGCAGGAAAAAUAGUCGGUGUUCAAUUGCAUCACUGUCCCGCAUUGAUUGCCGUUAUAGGAGGUAUUAUCAUAUCCGGGAACUGUUUCUAUUGCAUAGAUUCACAAGCGGUUGAUCGAAUUUUGCCCGAGUAUGGGCUAUGUGCUGCAUUCUUUCUGGAAAACCUCGGGCCCAACCGGAUGUACGAUGGUCUGCAGAUGUUAUUGGGAUUGCGCAUUCUCACGCUACCGCUGAUGCUGUUGCUUGAUUUAUCACGUGUCGAAAGUUAUCCUGAUUUUGCCUUUUGUGUAACAACAUCCGGUUCGACUGGUCGUCCUAAAACUGUUCUCGUUCCAAAGGCGUGCAUAAUGCCCAAUGUACUAUCGCUCAGCGAUCGGUUCGAGUUGUGUGAGCGUGAUGUUAUCUUUGUAUGCUCACCUCCAACCUUUGAUCCAUUUGUUGUCGAUAUUCUUAUGGGAUUGCAUGCCGGUGCCACACUACUACUGGUUGAUAACUCAAUACGUUUAUCAGCAACACGUCUACUCUCCUUGCUCUUUCCGGGUGUAACAGUAAUGCAAAUGACACCAUCCAUAUUUACUCGGUGGAAAGCGGAUGAAAUGGAGCACAUCAUUUUUGGUUCUCAAACAACACUCAGAAUUCUUGUUUUGGGUGGAGAACAGUUUCCAAUGCUGAAAAAACCGGCUGAAUGCCUGGUGACUGUAUACAACAUCUACGGCAUAACAGAAGUUUCAUGUUGGAGCAUGAUUCAAAAGGUGUCGCCAGAAAAUGGCGCUUUGGUUGCACUUGGCGAACCUUUAGAUCGUUCGAUAAUGCUACAAUUAAGAAGUUUGGAAGACGAAAGUUUGAAGGCAGAAACAAAUAUGAAUGGUUCCACAAUAGGCCAUCUUUACAUCGGAAGCUGUUCUAGGAAAUGCUUUAUACUUGGGAAGAAUAACGAAAAUGACGAUACAUUAGGCGACGAACGACCAAUUUAUCGUCCGACCGGUGAUGUGGUGGAACUAACCAAAGAAGGCAAUUACUAUUAUCGUGACCGCUGUAAAAGAACGAUAAAAAGAUUCGGUUGCCGGGUGAGUUUGUCAGAACUGGAAGCCGUGGUACAUAGACAUUCAGCAGUACAGCAGUGCGCAGCUUGUUUUAUUAGUGAACAUCAUCGAUUGCUGCUGUUCUACACAACGGAUAACGAUGAUCGUUCAAUACAGGAUACAAUUUGGAACGAAUUGCGCGCGAAACUAAGGCCGGAAAAACUUCCAGAUGAGUUACAUCGGAUCGAACAGAUUCCUCUUUCUUCUCAUGGCAAAGUUUGUGCAAAGGGGUUGGAACGUAUUUACGAAAACUUAAAACUAACCCUUGCUGAUGAUCGAACCUCAGCAGUGGACUAUUUCCGCGCAGAACUUAGCAGUAUGGGUAUUGCACAUGAACAUGCAUGUGAACGACAUAAUGUAAAAGAUAAUGGAAUUAAGAAAUUGAAACCCAACUCAUCGUUUAUUGAUCGUGGAGGAACAUCUUUUGCCGCCCUUCGCUUGCACAACACUUUGGAAGAAAAAUUUAAAGUACAAUUGCCACAACUUAUCACACUGCUGAUAGACCCUUCAAUUCCGUUGGAGAUGGCAUUGAAAUAUGUCGAAUCGAAAGUUUCGGGGGCCAACACCGAUCUGAUGGGCGCGCAUGAAAAGUCCAAUAUUCCCAACGACCACAAGUUAACGAUCGUGAAACAAUAUAAUUUAGAAAAAUGUGUAGAUUCCCGCCCGUCGAUAACAUUUUGUCCAAAUGUUGGGUAUAUUUUAACCAUAGGCAGUCAUUCCGGGAUGUUGCUAACGAUUAACACCGAUACGGAUGCAGUCCUUUCUUGUAUUGUGCUACCGGAUCGAGUAGAAUGCGGUGUUAGCUUUUUUACAACAGAGGAAAAUGUCGUUUAUGGUACUGUUGGAUGUUAUGAUGGAUUUUUAUAUUGCUUCAAUCCGCUAGACGGGAGCAUAGCAUGGAAGUACGAUGCCGGAGCAAUGAUCAAAUGUACUCCUCUUGUGUUGCCACGUACGAAUCUAAUCAUCUUUGGAAGCUACAGUAACAAUUACAAUUUGCAUUGCAUUGUAGGGGGACAAUCUAGCCCGAUAUUGCGAUGGAAGGUGCAAGUAGGAAACAAACCUAUUUUUUCCCAACCGUUGUCGUUGGGUGAUAAUGUUGACGCAGGAUUAAUUUUAGCUGCCACUUUGGAUGGUACGAUGGCAGCUUUGAGCGUAGCUACAGGGCAUUUGGCAUGGAAGCAAAUAUCACCGGGAAACAUUCCAAUAUUCAGCACUCCUGCUUUUUUACCCGCAUACAAAAGGAUUGCUUGCUGUACAGUGGAUGGCUCCUUCGGAAUAUACGAUGCCAUUGAAGGAAUUCAGAUAGCAAAACACAAGUUUCCUGGAAAUAUUUUUUCGUCAUUCGAAAUAUUACAACAGUCUCAUGAUCAUAUACAUUUCAUUGUUGGAUGUUACGAUCGCAAAGUACACUGCAUUGAAUAUGUUCCCUUGAACGGUGAAACUUUGCUGCCUAAAUGGAAUAUAGAAAUUCAAUCUCAAAUCUAUGCAACUCCUUGUUUGGUUGGGCAAUAUCUGGUAGUGUGCAGCACGUCGGGAUGGAUUAACUUGAUUGAUUUGAAUGAAGUUUGUGAUGCAAACCUAGAACGCAAUAUUACGGCAGCUAUGAAAAUGAAGGGUGAGUUAUUUUCCACACCCCUUUCAUGUGGUACCGUUGUGUUUGUAGGAUGUAGAGAUAAUUUUUUGUAUAAAAUAUGCGUUAACGUGUAA